AUAACAUCUCAUUUCAUAACAAAUACAAUUUAUUCAUACAAUCACUUCAUUUGAUCCCAAGAUAUGGAACAACAGUAGAUACCAAAGAUGACAUCACUCGAGACCACAGAUGACGGCAAUGAAGACAACAAACAACAGCCUAAGAUUUACGCGAAGAACUCAAUGGACAGAUUCGGUGAUGAUUUGUGUGCACUUAUAGUGUCUUACCUCACAUUCGAAGACCGAUUCCGUUACGAAUGUGUGUCCAAACAGUUCCAGAGGACAGUCUUCGAGAGUGUUGUGGACAUCACUCUUAGCGACCGAUUUAUUAACAAAAUAUUGAAGAGGAAGAAAAUUAAGAGACAAUUGUUGACCAGAAUUGUCAUAAAAUUUACAAACAUUGAGACCAUUGACUGCAGAGGAAUAACCAAAAAAUACGAGAAACUNUUCGAGAGUGUUGUGGACAUCACUCUUAGCGACCGAUUUAUUAACAAAAUAUUGAAGAGGAAGAAAAUUAAGAGACAAUUGUUGACCAGAAUUGUCAUAAAAUUGACAAACAUUGAGACCAUUGACUGCAGAGGAAUAACCAAAAAAUACGAGAAACUUGUUCCCGAAGUGUUGCAAAUAUUUCGAGACAAUUGUCGGCAUUUGCGGGAAAUUUACUGCAAUUUACGGGAAAAUAGUUCGCAAACAAUGAGUUCAUUGUUAGCACUGAUCACACGAAUCGGUAACUUCUGUAAAGAGUUUCGUAUAUUUGGAUCACUUAUUAACGGAAUUGAACCCAAAAGUGAAAGUCAAUCACUCAUUCAUUGCAACCGAUUGUCUCAUUUAAAUGUCAUCUCUUUGGCCGAUGUCUUCGACAGCACUUCCAGACAUAUAUUGGCCAAGAAUUUAACGAAAUUUGAGAGCUACUAUGGAGACCAACUUAAGGGACAGUUGUCUGCAUUUGUGGCACACAAUCAGUCACUAAGAAGUCUUACGUUUAGGACUGAUUUGUCUGCAUUUGUGGCACACAAUCAGUCACUAAGAAGUCUUACGUUUAGGACUGAUGUUAAAACUCAGGAAACACUUAACCAAAUGAGUGUCCAAUUGUCACGAUUAACGCAAUUACGGGAUUUGAGACUCGGGUUUGAGUUAUGUGUGGAUAAGCUAUCGGUGAACGAGUCUUUGCGUACAAUUGGCUUAAACUGCAAACAAUUGCAACGAUUGACACUAUUGUUGAUCUCAUCGCCCGAUUAUUCAAUACAAUUAACAUUGGAUUCGUUGGGAUCUUAUCACAGAUUAAAGCGCUUGCAAUUAGAAUAUAUAAACAUCGAUAUCAAUGCGAAUCCGUUUAAACACUGCAAGAGAUUAACACAUUUAGAGCUGAUAUUAACGCCAAAGUUAGCAAAAGUGUUGGAAAAUUGUCACCAAAAUUGUUCACGACUUCAAUAUCUAUACAUUCGUGACUUCGACAACAUUAUAGACACCGAGUGUUUGUCACACAUCUCAAGACUACCGGCGCUGCAAACGCUUGUCAUUCACUGCUAUCAAGACAUUGAUCUCUCGGACAAUGAUUUGAAUGCUGUGUUGUCUUCGAGUCCUAAACUCAAGACAAUUGAAAUCCAUGUAAACAAUGAGAAGAAGUUUUAUUCAAAGUAA